AUGUACGUCGGGUGUGGGAAGGAUGAAUUAUCUCAGUUUGUUGCUGACUUAGUGGAGAAGUUACUGGGCGAUUAUCCUAAAUACUCCGUCCGUCCAGUGAGAAAUGAUUCAGAUGUUAUUACGCUAACCCACCGAAUGACGCCGAUACAACUGAUAGACAUGGACGAAAAGAACCAAGUAAUAAAAUUAAAGUGUUGGUUAGAGCAGAGUUGGGUCGAUGUACAUAUGCAGUGGGAGUCUGAAUUGUAUGGAGGUGCCGAUGUGAUACAAAUAUCAAUCGAGCACAUAUGGCAACCAGACAUUGUCCUCUAUGGCAGUGUAAAAGAUGAAUUUGAUCGGCAUUACGACACAGACGUAGUGAUAUAUUCUAACGGGACUAUCAAAGCCUUACAACCAUACCUCAUUAUUGCCGAGUGUGCCAUCGACGCCACCAUGUUUCCAUUCGACGAACAAAAGUGUGUCUUUAGAUUUGCUUCUUGGAGCUACAGUAGUAGAUACAUUGAUAUAGUUAAAAGUGAUGACAGUAAUAUUGAUAGAUUCGUCAGUAACGGGGAGUGGGAAUUAAAGGAAAUGCCGGUCGAGAACAACUCCACUGUCUACGUUUGUUGUGAGGAUCCCUUCCCGUACGUGGAAUACACACUACACCUGAAACGACGGUCGACGUUCUACGUGGUUAACAUCAUUCUCCCGUCGUUUCUGGCAAGCGUUUUAAUUUCAGUAGGCUUUUACCUGCCAUCCGAUUCGGGUGAGAGAGUGAGUCUCUGUGUUAUCAGUAUUCUCUCACAGUUCGUCUUCCUUACCGUCGUGUCGGAUUACAUGCCGCCCACCAGCCAAGUUAUCCCAUAUUUACAGGCAUAUUUCUUGAUUUUAAUUGGUAUGGCCGUCAUCUCAGCUUUUGUGACAGCAUAUACGCUGAAUCUACAUUUUCCGGGCCCUGCAUGCGCUGAAGUUCCAGAAUAUAUGAAAAAGUAUGUUGUCAAAUUCUUAGCUUACAUCUCCUGCACGCAAGUUAGAAUCCACUACAUGUUUCGUCGAUCUGUUUUUGAGAUGCGACCAAUGAGAAUCAACGAUAUGAAUCAUCACGCAGGUGCUAAGGACGCUAAUCAAGUAACGGGACUUAUGAGUGGACAGGUUGAAGCUGAUGAAACAAUCAGAAGUGAAAGUUUUGAUGGAGUCUCCCAAGAACGACGGUUACGAGAAUGGCGGGAAGUGGCGCGACUUAUUGACAGGGCGUUCUUGAUUGUUUAUACCAUUUUACUUUUGUCAUUAUUAACUGGGUUUUUGUCCUUUCUCGCCAUCCGUGGUUCAGGCUGGCAUACGGAGGAAAACAAUGACGGUGACCACUAA